AUGUGUGUCCUUUUAUCGCAAUUCUACUGUGGCCCCAUCACACUUGGUAUCUAUCCCAACCACUCUCUUUCUAUCGGCUUAUCCGACUCUGGCCUCCAAUCCGGAUCCCUUCAUUGUCUUGUGGAUCUGUUUAUUAUCUUUCUG